CGAAAGAAGCAUAUGCAAAUUCAAAUCAGUAAUAGAAAAUCUAAAUUAGAAAAUCUAAAUUAGAAAAAACCACAUCUUUAUUACCGCUUCAUUUUCUUUUACCCCACCCUCUCCCCUCUCGCCGUUGGUAGAAGUGCUUGGUUUACAUUUUUCUAUCUACGAAAAUAUCCCUGUCAUUUUCGAAUCAUUGAAGUCAUAUUAUGCCACUCGCAUGUAUCUAUUUAAUUCAAGAAAAAGGAAUUGAGGGUAUACUUACUCUUACAAUAUGUCUAAAUAAAGCAAGACCAUACUUAAUGUAACAACAUGGGCAAAAAACAACAUCAAAAAGACAAACUUUACCUGACUACCACUGAAUGGGUUUCAAUAUAUGGGGGAAAACGUACACGUGCCAAUUUAGAUGCUGGGAGGGAUGCGGCUCUUGCAGCUUCCCAGAAUAUUUUACCCCUCGAUUUCUGUGCGCUCACAUUAUCUCCCUUUACAUUUCCCGUUUCUACUUUGGAAGGGUACGUUUUUGAUUUCAUGGCUAUCAUGGAACUUUUCAAGAAGGCCAAAAAGCAGGUUAAAUCCUCGAUGGAAAAAAAGAAAGAGGAAGAUUCAUCAGGUGAACUUAGUAACAAAUUAGGUGAAAAGGUUGCCCAAAAUUUGCCAGAAGCUAGGAUCAACAAACGCCAUAAGCAAGACCCAACGAAAUUAGCCUCUUCUGAUCAAUCACAGACUGAUGCUAACCUUGGCCUAGUGCUACGUAACCCUGUAACUGGUACUGUAAUAAAAGAUGUGAGCAAGGAAAUUUUCCCUUUAAAAUUUCACCGAAAUAAUGCAGGAGAAUUGCAUUGCCCUGUUACCUUUCGAGUUCUAAAUGACCGAUCUCGAGUCGUUGCCAUUCGCUCCACUGGUAAUGUGUUUAGUGGAGAGGCCGUCGAGGACCUUAACCUUAAGACCAAGCAUUACAAGGAUCUCUUAACUGAUGAACCCUUCGUGCCAUCCAAGGAUCUUGUAGUUUUACGAGAUCCAAAAACUGUGGCUCGUAAAUUAAAUAUAGGUAUUUUCAAACACGUUUUGGCGGCUCGUCACGCCCGCCACUUCGAAGCCGGUUCAGAGGAAAGUUCUAGUUCAAUAUCAGAAAUAGGUCAAAAGACAAUCGAAAAAGAUGAUAGUCGAAAAAUUAGAACGUUGAAUCGAAUCUGCCCUGAGAUGGAAGCCGUAAUGUCCGAAUUAGCUGAGUGGUCGAGCGAAAAUUUAAUAGCGAAAGGAUCUAACAGCCUAAAAGUGGCUGAAAAUGACGAUUCGAUCAUAACUUACGCUCACUACUCAAAGGGUAACGUGGCCAUAGGACUGACUUGUUCUACUCUACCUCCCCAAACUAUGCAGGUCAUGGAGAUAUUGGAUAGCGACAUAGUUAGAUAUUCCAAAAUAAAAACCAAGGGAUAUGCUCAAAUAGUCACGAAUUUGGGCAACCUCAAUAUAGAAUUACAUUGUGACGCUGCGCCUAGAAUGUGCGAAAAUUUUUUGAUACUUGCCCGCAAAGAUUUUUACGAUAAUCUUCUUUUUUUUCGUUCCAUCAAACAUUUUAUGAUUCAAACAGGAGAUCCUAACUUGAUGCAAGGUCAACCAAUUAAUUACAAAGAUAAAAAUCCCUUAAAACCCCGGAAUUAUUCGCAUACUGGCUCUUACCUCCCCGACGAAUUUGCGCUAGCUUCAAAUUACAGACAUAGUGGGCGUGGAAUAGUCAGCGCAGCUAAUUUAGGUCGGCCUGACACCAACGGUUCUCAAUUUUUUAUUACAUUUCGCUCCCGGCCUGCUUUCGACAAAGUACAUACGGUAUUUGCGCGGGUCGUCGGUGGGAUGUCUACUUUAGACGCUUUUGAGAGGGUAGAAACGGAUGAAAGGGAUGCUCCAGUCCAGGAAAUUUAUAUAAAGAAGGUGGUCAUAUUCAGCGACCCGUUUCAGGAUUUUAAAGAAAAGGAGGACAAGGAAAAAGAAGAAAGGGGAGCUAACAAGUUGGAACAAGAGAAUAAAAGGAAAGCGGAUGAAGGACUGAAAGACCACGACCCGAAGCCAAUCGAACGAUUACAACUUCUCGAACUUAACGGGUUUUGCAUGAGAUACACUUAUUGCUAAUUUAACUUCACGAUAUCAUAUUUUUUUAUGAAUAUUGUCAAUUAGGACUAAAAAAGUAGUUGUUCUAUCUC